AUGUCGAAUACUGCAAAUAAUCCUGAAUAUACACCAGAGGAACAUCAAGCAUUCGUAAACGCCGUUAUAUCUGUAUUGGACGCUCCUGAACAACAAACUAUAGUAUCCGUUGAAUGUUCAAACCAAAAUACUAUAGCUGCAGAAGUACAAGCUUACGCUAAGAUUGCAGGUAUAAAUUGGACAUAUUAUGUCAAAGAAUUAAACGUAUCCAUAGGUAGAAAUACUGAACCAACUAAUCCCUCCAAUAAUACAAAUGAAUUGAAAAUUAAUAUAGAUUUAGGUCCAGCAAAAAUAGUAUCAAGAAAUCAUGCCGCAAUAAGUUAUAACAUUCAAGAAGGUGCAUGGCAAUUGAAAAUUAUAGGAAGAAAUGGCGCUAAAAUCAAUUAUGAAAAAAUUGCCAAUGGAUCCACUGCAUUAAUUGAUUCUGGGGCUAUCAUAGAAAUAGGUGGCACUCAAAUGAUGUUCAUAUUACCUGAUCAAAUACCUUACAUUCACCCAACUUGUUUGGAAUAUUUGGUCCCAAAAUUAUAUAACACCUUUGGAUUGGAUCGUGCAGCGAAUCCAUUAUUAUUCGAUACCAUUAGAAGAUCUUCAUUUUAUCAUGAAAUUCAAUUACAACAACAACAGCAACAACAGCAACAACAGCAACAACAGCAACAAUUACUUCUACAACAACAACAACAACAACAAUUACUCCUACAACAACAUCAUCAUCAACAACAACAACAAACACUACCACCACAGCAACAUCAUCAUCAACAACAACAACAAACACUACCACCACAGCAACAACAAACUCAACAACCACAACAACGUAUUAAAGCUUUCAAAAUGUAUGGAAGCGGUAACCUAAAUUACCCAGCUGGUACUCAAUUCGUAAAUAAUAGAACUCCAAGUAAUUCAUCAGGAAUAUUUAAUCCAAAUGAUACCACAACAUCUUCCAUAUACGGAAUAAAUAAUAAUAAUAAUACUACAUCCAUAAAUUCAUCUUCAACGGGUCCAUUAUCUUUCCCUCAUUCAUUAGAUUUCGCAUCUGAUUUAUCUCGUGAUGAAAAUAGAUCUGUUAAACCACCACAUUCAUACGCAACUAUGAUCACUCAAGCCAUAUUAUCGACUCAAGAAGGUAUAAUAUCAUUAGCUGACAUUUAUAAAUUCAUAUCUUCCAAUUAUGCAUAUUAUAGAUUCGCUAAACCUGGUUGGCAAAAUUCCAUUAGACAUAACCUUUCAUUAAAUAAAGCUUUUGAAAAAGUCCCCAGAAGACCAAAUGAACCAGGUAAAGGUAUGAAAUGGAGAAUUAAUAAUGAAUUUCAAAUGGAUUUUUUAGAAAAAUGGAAAUCUGGUAAAAUUGGGAAAAUAAAAAGAGGUUCAUCUGUCGCUAGACAAUUACAAUUACAUUUAUCUAAAUUUAAUUCUUUACCAACUCAAAAGGAUUAUUUACCUAUUAAAAUUAAUCAUACCAUUUUGAAUGAUGAUGAACAUGAAUCAUCAAUCUCUAGAGUGGAACAUGAUCCCGAGCAACAUAAUUCACAAACAACAUUGAAAGAAAUGUCAAACAAUAACACUACUAGUAAUAGUAAUAAACCAAAACUAAAGUAUGAAAAUUAUCAAUCAAGUGGAAUGGCCCCUGAUGAAAUUAAUAAAAAUGAUGACGAAAUGAAUAGUAAUGAACUGAAUGAUGAAAAUGAAAAUGAAAAUGAAAAUGAAAAUGAAAGUGAAAGUGAAAGUGAAAGCGAUAGUGGAGGCGAUAGCGAUACAGAGAAACAACGAGGACAAGAGCAUGCAACUUUACAACCACCACCUCAAACAAAACCAAAAAUUCAAAUUCAACCACCUUUGGAUACAAUGGGAACGAAACUUCUGACAACCAAAUCACAAUCAUUCAAUACUAGUUUGGGAUCCAAUGAUCCUUAUAGAAAUAAUACAGAGGUAAUAUUGAAACCAAAUGUAAAUGUUAACACAAAUAAUAAUCCUCCUAUUUCAUUUACCAAUCCAUCAGCAUCAUCAUCAUCAUCAUCAUCAUCAUCGUCGUCAUCAAAUAGCGACAAUAAUAAUAAUAAACCAGCUUUAACAAAUGGCUACUUACCACUUACUUCUAACAAUAGUUUAAAAAAUACUACCACUACAACUAAUAAUAUCAACAAUACCCCGGUAUAUGAUUCUUUAUUACGAUCUCCAACAAAAUCAUUCCAUGUAAAACAAAUGGAAGCUUAUACUCCAGAACGAGGAAGUACAAAUCAACAACAACGACAACAACCAAAUAUAUCACCGGAGGGAAUUAAUGAUCAAAUUAUCACCACAACCACCACAGCCACCACGAACGCUACAACUACAAAUGCAAUGGCGGUAAAUACUGAUGCCACAAAAUCCAUUCCUACUACUUCGUAUUCUACAAUGACAAACACGGCAAACAAAAUUGCCAAUACUGAAGAAGCAUUAGGAAACAAUAUAAACCUAGAAAAUAACAACACCAACGCUAUUGCUAAUACCGAAACUGAUACAAAUCCUAAUGAAAAUAUAAAAACAACACCAUUUUCCAAUAAGCCAUCAGGAAAUCGUAGUUCACCAAAUGUUUGGAGCCUUUUACAAUUUAGUUCAGUGAAUAAUACACCUGCCACCUCAAAAAUUAGUAAUAAUAAAGUGACAGACUUAAAAUCAGAAGAAAAAAAAAUCCAAGAUAAUGAAACAACAAAAGAUAUAUCAUCUUCACCAUUAUUAAAAAAGAUUACAGUGAUAAUGAAAAAUCAGACGAUAAUGCAACUGAUAAUAAUAAUAAUAAUAAUAAUAAUAAUAAUAAUAAUAAUAAUAAUAAUAAUAGAAAUUUAA